AUGGCGGGCAAUGAAAAAUAUGUGUUAGAUCUUUCUGGUGCUGGGAUUAAAAAAUUAGAAAAGAGAGACGGAAUCGGCAUUAAACAUUUAAUUUUGGAUAAUAAUGAAUUGACGAAAUUAGAACAUCUUGAAUGCUUUCCGGACGUUGAAAAGGUAUCAGCAUCUGGAAAUGCCAUUGUUCGCAUGUUUGGAGUUAGCAAAUGUCAUCACAUUACUCAUCUUAAUCUUCCUAACAACAAUAUAAUAUCCAUAGAUGGUAGAAAAGAAAUUCCAAAUUUAGUGUUUCUAAAUCUUUCAGUAAAUAACCUAAAGCUUAUUCAAAAUUUGCAGUUUUCGGUUGCAUUAGUUCAUUUAGAUGUCUCACGUAACAACAUUAGUACUCUGAGUGAUAUUUCGUAUUUAGUCAAGUUAAAGACACUUCACUUAAAUGGUAAUAAAAUUUCUACCUUAAAUCGUGCCUCAUCAUAUCUUCCAACAUGUAUCACUACUCUUUCCUUAGCAGAUAAUUGCAUAGCAGAUUUAAAUGAAGUAUCAUAUUUAGUGAAAUUGCAUUGUCUAGAACAGUUGACAGUGUCAGGAAACCCAUGCCUAUCAUUUGAAGAUGCUUCUGUACCCCCAUUUGAUUAUCGUCCUUUUGUUAUAAAUUGGUGCUUAGGAUUACGCUUGUUAGACGGCCGUGUUGCUACGCAAAAAGAGAGCUUGAAAGCAGAAUGGUUAUAUAGUCAGGGGAAAGGAAGGCAUUACAAAUCUGGAGAACAUUUAGAACUUGUUGAAUAUUUAACUCAAGUUUGCCCUGUAACUGCUGAUGAAUCAGCUGAGGAAGAAGAUGAAAAACUGCUGCAUAUAUUGCAUAUGCAAAGGCAGCAUAAAGAACAGUUUCUAAAUGAACAGUCUCAAGUACUUCAUAGUGAAGCCUCUGCAGUUAGCAGACCAGAAACAAUAAGUUCUAUGGCACAGUCUUACCAUUUUAAAACAGACACAUCAAUCAAAACUAAUGAAACAGAUGCAUCUAUGUCUUCAAACAUUGUUCCUUCUAAAAUUAUGUAUGAGUCAGCACCAGACGUAUUGUUCCACUGCACUUCCACGGACACAGCUCAAACAAAUCCUCCGUCCUUUCAAUCUGGAAAGUAUCCUCGGUCUGUUUCGAAAUCUGAGAUUCUCCACAGUUCCAUAAAAAGUCCCAUUACAAUCGAACAAGUUGCUGUUGAAGUAGACAGCUCAAAUAAACCUGUGAGCCAUGAAACUGCUAAAUCCUCUUACCAGUAUUAUGAAGAUCGCAGAGUCCGUCCUUCUAACAAUGAAACAAAACCAGCCCACACACAAAAAGGUACUCUUAUUCGAAAAGUGAGCAAACGGGCAACAUCGCCUUCUACAGCUAGUCCAAUGAGUGGAAGAUCUAAACUUCCGCACUCGACCUUAUCAAAAAGCAGGAUAUCUCCAUCAAGAAGUUGUAUCUUGACUCCAAGAUUUUCUGCUGCUGCAAAAAACAGUAGUGAAAGCGACACAUCUGAAGAGCUUGCACAUUCUAACCGAACUCCUCAACGCUCUUUUCGCUCCCUGAGCACAGGCACCACAUCUGGUAACAACUCGCCAGUUCUGCAACAGAAAUUUCCGGUUGCCUUAAGUCCUACUAAAAAAGCAUUCGGUUUUAGCCCUCGAGUGCAUGAAGAGGCAGUUGUAGAUGUUUCAUCGAAACUUAUUCAAAGUUUUCCACCUCCUCUCACAAAAUCUAAAACCAUGUCUGAAAUUUAUGGCAAAAGUGAAAAAGACAUCAUGAAAGCUGCUACAAAAAUACAAUCUGUGUGGAGAGGUUAUUUCGUAAGGCAUCACAAUCAGCGUGUCUGUAAACUUUUGCAAGAAAUCAGAUUUAGAAGGUUGGAAGAUCAUAUUCAACAUCUUCAUGGACACCUUUGUAGACUUACUGAUUUUGUUUUAAGGCAACAACAAGACUUACAACAUGAGAGAGAACUCCGAAAAAGUCAAGCGGAAGACAUUCGGCAUUUGCAUCAAAAAGCCCGGGAUCUACAGAAAAGUGUUUCAGUUGCAUUAUCUAAGGCUAAACCCAGUGUUUUUCAGAAUGCAUCAGAGCAUGAUAUGGCAGGUAAAGAACUUUCAAGAGAAAAUUCAUUAUCAGAUUCCAAAUUUGAAAAGCUUUUGCCUGGGCAAAGCUCCGAGUCCCUUAAUUUAGCAUUGAGGUAUUCAACACAAUCAUAUCAAGAAAAUUCUGGUCUUUAUUCGCCUUCUUCUCAGACUUCCUCUGUUACAUCCUCUGUACCUGAUACUACAUAUAGUAGACCUAAAUCCCAAAGAGAUUUGCAGCCUUCUACAUCCGAUGUCUCAGAUGCUGAUUCUGGUAUGCAGAGCAUGGUAAGUCCUAAUGUUGCAACUGCAGAUAGUGAUAGAAAUGCUUCAUCCGAUGUUGAUCAUCCUUUGUUGAAUGGCUAUACCAGUGAUGUUAGUGGCUAUCCCUGCUUUAAAAGAGAUUUAGGCAGCUGUGUAAACCAAAGAAAUACUAAUAGAUUUAGUGUUGUUCAGUCGGAAAGAGAUAUCAACUGUGAAGAUUCGGCUGUUUGUGCCAAAUUAAAUUUAUGCCAGUCGAAAAAUGCACCAUCUCGUGGUUACUCUGCUCUGACAUCCUUCGCAAAUGUUCCUGAAGAAGCUUGGAGCACGACUCCUACUUAUGAACAGAGUAUGAAUUUGAUUCCUGUUGGCAAGAUGCAUCAAAAAUUGAACUUUAUGGAAUAUCCAAACAGCUCAGUUGAAAGUUCUCCAAUGACUUCAUAUCCACCCUCAUCUGAAGAUUGUAUUAAUUCUCUCACAAGAAUGAAUAAUGAUGGCCAUUCUUAUCAUAAUAUCCACCCUAACACCUUACCUAAUCACAUAUCUCAUGCUAAGCAAUCUAUUGCAAAUAAGAAGAAGAUUGAUCUACUUUGUGAGAAGGAUAGCUGUUCCUGCUCCCAUCAUGGUUGUUCAGUCCUUGGUGCCCAUCAUCAUGCCAAAGAUAAAGUUCACAUGCAUCACUCGAGAUGUCCCAAGUCUUGCUCUUGCAAACAUGCCGUUAAGAUGAGCAAGUCAAAUGAAUGUAAUGAUUCUAAUUGUAGCUUAAAGACGUGUGCUGUUUUACCAAAAGGGCUUAACCAACUUGCUCAAGGAAAAGUGACUACACCGCUAGAAGAUAUAGAUUCCCCUCAAUCACCUUGCACAGUUGAAAUGAGUGGGCAUAUUUCUCAUUCUUGUUCAUUCCAAUCAGAUGGAUUUACAGCAGCUGAAGAAUUAUCUGCAACUGCAACUGUGAAAUUAUUUUCCACAAGAGCUGUGAGCAUGACUUGCACUAAUGGGACAUUAAGCCCUCAAACCAGCUCACAAAGACCACUGUCAUUAAGUGACUCUUCUCCACAAACAAAUCUCAGAUCACCGCUGGUAUUAGCUGCAAGUGUAUGGGAGAAAAAAGUGCAAGAUAUAGAAUCCACAUUUCAUCAGCUACAGACGCAGAUUCGUGACUUGGAAGGAGCUUUCGGACACAUAGGUCAGUUUGGGCAAUUUUUUUACCCUGGAAUUCUACAAGAAGAUGUUAAAGAACCCAGACCUGCAAUUCAUUGUGCAGAACCUGCAUCUGGAACAUUAGCUCUUGACAUGCCAAAGAUCAAUUUUAAGCGACCAGAAAAUGGCAACAAUGAUUUACUCUUUCAAACUCGCUUUGCAGGCAAUGUUCCUUUUCUGUCCCAUGCUUCUGGUACGCAGCAUUCAAAUGCUAUUUCUAAUGAUUUCUGUAUUGAAGAACUUGAUCAAGAUUUAUCUCUAAGUGAAGAAACUAAAGACAUUCAGAAAUCUCCUGUGAAUGAGAACCAUGAGGCUAACAAAAAUGGCAGCUAG